UACAGGAAUAUAAGAGAUCGUGUUUUCUUAUUUUCAUAUUAUUUGCUUUUUUCCCCGAAGGUUUUCUCUGAAGUUGAGGGUAAUCGUGUGUGCUUCAGAUAUACUAUUCUUCUCGAAGUCCUUCUGUCUCUCUCUGGCCUCAGAGUAUACAUCAACUAUAUUCUGAGACAACAAUGGAGAAGCCAAAAGAUCUAGACAAAAUUUCCGGUUUGGUUGUUCAAGGAACACCGGUUAAGCCUGAACCGCCACUGAAAUUCUAUGUUCGACGAAAGCCUCCUAAGCUGCUCAAUAAGUUACAAAACAUGGAUGACUCUGCAAGUUCUGGUUCUUCAGAUUUCAACACAAACAAUACAACUAAAGAGGAGUCUGUGAAAAAGAGUGAAGAGCCAGAAACUUUUAAAGGUAAAUAUUUAAUUCAAACUGAUGUUAUUAUCUAUAGUACCACGCUUUUAUUUAAUUUGUUGGUACAAGUCGAUAUACAAAGUCUUGAUGGCACACAUGGGAAGAAAAACUCUAAAGAAGAAACUGAAGAGAAAAAUGCCAAGUCAACAGUUCUUCAAGAUGAUUCACAACAUGUUAAUGGAGAAAGAAAGAAGAAAUAUUCUGAAAAGAUAUCCAAAAAGAGAUUCCAUAGGCCAAUGAUUAUGGAAGAUGGCAAGAAACCAAGGAAUCCCACCAAUCUUCAAAUGAGAACUAUAUCUAAUAAAAGGAGUAAAAAGCAGAAAUGCGAUGAAGAUGAGUAUGUAGUUGAGCUUCAAACUCCAGAAAAGCAGAGUUCUCCAAAGAGAAGAAAAAACAAGGCGAAAAAGAAUGUUGCUCGAACGUUGCCGUUUGAUGAAGAAGGUAUUUCUGGUUGUCUUGAACUCAGUAGAAGUGUUUGGCCUAGUUUUCCAAAAGGCAAAAGGAGGAUGACCACACUUCGCAGGAUUGAUUUUCAUGUGUUGAUAUCACCAAUCUCAUUUCCUAUGCCCAUCUGGAAAAAGCAAUCAAAAAGGUCUAGUCGAAAGAAAAAUAUGACCAGGUGGACUAUGAUUGCUCUAUCUUAUGAAUGCAUAGAAGAAACUUUGUCAUUGGUAGAAAUUCAUCCAGAUGAUAUAGAUAUAAAAAAUAUGGCACCAAAGCUGAGUUUGAUGCAUUCUAACCAGAAAAUAACAGAUGGCUCGAAUGAACACUUGAAAAAGGCUAAGAAAAUUAGACGUCAAGAUGCUUCUGUUCAGACUAAAGAUUUACACACUGAAGAAAAGAAAGUUAUGAAUAAUCUAACUCUACAAUUAAAUUAUCAAAGGGAACACAAUCUUCCAUCACUAGCCGAUGUUCCAUUACACAAAGAAGAUAUACUUAUGAAAUCUGUUACUAACAUAAGGCCUGAACAGUCUAUUAAAAAGGCUACUAAAGGUGUUGCCAAGUUAAUCAAGGAGAUGGAGAAAUUGAAUAUCAAUCGAAGAGUAACAACUUUGGGCAAGGCAAAGAAAAAAUUGGUUAUUGCAAAAGUGAAUCUUGAUCCUGAAACCAUUAAAGAGUGGGAGUUAUUAAUGGAAAACGAUCUUCCACAUCGUUCAUAUUCCAAUGAGGAAAAUACAGAGUCCAAGUGGAAAGGAGAACGAGAGAUCUUUCAAAGCCGGAUAGAACUUUUCAUCAACCGGAUGCAUCUUCUACAAGGCAAUAGGAAAUUUAAACAAUGGAAAGGUUCGGUUGUUGAUUCAGUGGUUGGAGUAUUUUUGACACAAAAUGUUUCCGACUACCUUUCAAGCAAUGCUUUCAUGAGUGUUGCUGCAAAAUUUCCGGUGGAUGCAAAAGAAAGUUUGGAAAGCUUAGCAUAUUUCAUCGAGGAACCUCAAGAAGUUAAUAACUUAGUUGGUGAUGGUCAAAGACCAAUUCAGAAUGGGAACGAUGAUGCUAAAAACUCACUCGGAUCUGUCUCCUUACAAGAAAAUUUAGAGCAUGAGAAAGAUGCAAAAAGAAAAAACAAAAAAACAGGUAUCAUGGAAGAUGAGAGUGUUGAUUGGGAGAGUUUGAGAAAAAUCUACACAAAAGAAGGAUUUAGGGAUACAAUACAUAUGGACACUGUUGAUUGGAAUGCUGUAAGGUUAUCUGAUCAACAAGUUCUUGCUGACACCAUCAUGAAACGAGGACAACAUAAUGGUCUUGCAAGAAAAAUCUUGAAAUUUCUCAACGACGAAGCAAAACAAAAUGGAAUCGUGGAUCUUGAAUGGCUUCGAGAUGCUCCUUCCGACUUAGUGAAGAGAUAUCUAUUGGAGAUAGAAGGAAUAGGGCUAAAGAGUGCUGAGUGCGUGCGACUUUUAGGACUUAAACAUUCAGCUUUUCCGGUUGAUACAAAUGUUGGACGUAUAGCAGUUCGUCUUGGUUGGGUUCCUCUUGAACCUUUGCCAGAUGGUGUUCAGUUGCAUCAAUUAUUUCAGUAUCCUUCAAUGGAUUCAAUUCAAAAAUAUCUUUGGCCACGACUAUGUAAACUACCUCAAGAAACACUGUACGAGUUACAUUAUCAGAUGAUAACAUUUGGAAAGGUCUUCUGUACGAAGGUUAUUCCUAAUUGUAAUGCAUGUCCGAUGAAAUCAGAAUGCAAAUAUUUUGCAAGUGCAUACGUCAGUUCCAAAGUUCUUCUCGAGGGUCCUGAAGAGAAGACACAAGAGUUCCAAGAGUCCCAAGAGUCACAAGAGUUCCAAGAGUCCCAAGAAUCACAAACUUCAUAUUGUCAUGAUAACGAUGCAAAGAUGACAUCAAAGAUAAACUCGAUUGAAGAAUGUGUUUCCACUGAAUGCAGUAAUCAAACUAACUGUUGUGAGCCAAUAGUUGAGUUCCCCUCUUCUCCAGCUAGAGAAAUUCCAGAGUUGCCAGACAUUGAAGACACUCCUUGCAGAAGUUCUUGUCGGUCUAAUGCUGCAAUUCCUGGAAUCAAUAUCGACAUUGAUGCACUGAAGAAAAACGUAGUGGAUGUAUUUAAGAAAAUUGGAACGAUUCUCAACGGUUCUGAUGAUGAGAUUUCAAAAGCAUUAGCAGUAAUGACCCAGGAGAAUGCAUGCAUUCCAAUGAAGUUGCCUCGUAAAACAAAGUACUAUGACAGAUUAAGAACUGAACAUGUGGUAUAUGUGCUUCCUGAUAACCAUGAGAUCCUCAAUGAUUUUGAGAGAAGAGAAUGUGAUGAUCCUAGUCCAUAUCUUCUUGCCCUUUGGCAACCAGGUGAAACGUCAAACUCGUUCAUGCCACCAAAGAAGAAAUGUGACUCAGAUGGAACAAACCUCUGCGUGAUUAAGACUUGUUCUUAUUGUUGGAAUAUACGAGAAGAAAGUUCAAACACUUACCGUGGAACAAUUCUGAUCCCUUGUAGAACAGCAAUGCAAGGUGGUUUCCCACUUAAUGGCACAUACUUUCAAACCAAUGAGGUUUUUGCAGAUCAUGAGACGAGUUUAGAACCUAUUGUGUUUUCUAGAGAGUUAUGUAAUGGGUUGGAGAAGCGUGCGCUAUAUUGUGGUUCAUCAGUGACAUCCAUUUUUCGGAUGUUAGACGAAACAAGAACUCGACUAUGUUUUUGGACUGGAUUUGUAUGCAUGAGAGGAUUUGAUAGAAAGCAACGAACUCCAGAAGGACUCGUCCGCAGACUACACACCCCACCCGAUGAGAGAGGAGAAAAGCACAUGAGAGACUGAUCGAUUUGUUUCUUUAUUAUUAGUAUUUUCUUUAGUUAUCAAAGAGGUUGAAAAAACUCUUUUUAAGUAGUAAACAAGUUUUUCUUUUCAUCUCA